AUGGCCCCAUAUGAAGCUCUUUAUAGUAGGAAGUAUCGAUCCCUUAUCCAUUGGGAUGAGGCCGGAGAGAAUAGAAUUUUGGCAUCCAUGAAGGGUGUAUUGAGAUUUGUUAAGAAUGGGAAGUUGAGACUGCGAUUUCUUGGACCUUUCAAAAUUCUUGAAAGGAUUGGUACUGUGGCUUACCGAGUUACCUUACCACCUGAACUUGCAGCAGUACAUAAUGUAUUCUAUGGUUCGAUGCUUAGAAAAUAUGUUCACAAUCCCAAUCAUGUGAUACAUCAACUCAGAAACAGAGAAGUUCCUUUUGUUAAUGUCCAAUGGCGAAAUCAUGGACUUGGUGAGUCAACUUGGGAGAAGGAAGAGGAGUUUAGAAUAGAGUAUCCAGAACUCUUCGAUUAG